CCCAGCACACCCUGCGGGCGGCAGGGACAACCCAUCGCCCCACGAAAGACACUGCCGAUUCCUGAUGGCUUUGCCGGCUCUCACUCUGCCGCGGCCGGGACAGCGAGCGCAUCCCUACAACACAGGGCAGCGGGGACAGAGCCCACCGGCCGCCUCGGGCGCUCGGGUAGGGCGCGCCCCCGGCCCCCGGCCUCGGCUCCGGGGCCUCUUGGCUCUCAUCUUCAUCGCCCUGGGUGUCCUGCUGUCGGUCACAGCUACCUCAACCAUGCCCACAGGGAAGGAUGGAGUUCACCAGCAACUACCUGCCCCACAGGCAUGGGGGCACAGCUUCUGGAAGUUGUGUCCACCAGGGUACCAUGUAUCAGAAGGUGGAAAAGACUGUAUAUCCUGUGCAAAUGGAGUGGACUUUACUAAUCACUGGAAUAUGCUCCCUUCCUGCCUACCAUGUACAAUCUGUAAAUCAGGUGAAGAAGAGAGGACCCCUUGCACGGUGACUAAGGACACACAGUGUCAAUGCAAACCUGGAACUUUCCACGAAGGAGAUUCACCUGAGUUCUGCCAGAAGUGCAGCUCUGGGUGCCCUGAUGGGAUGGUCAUGGCCAAGCCCUGUAGCCCCUUCAGUGACCUCAAAUGUGUGGACCAAAAAUCAGGUACCCAGGCCAGUGGGGAGGCCAUGGUUCCUGGAGAGCCAGUGAUCACGCGACCGAGACUGUCCACCACUCCCUCUCCCUCCUCGGGCAAUUCACUGCUGGUGAUCGGAAUUGUAACUGCCAGUGUCCUGCUGCUGAUGACGAUCGCAUAUGUUUUCUGGCAGUUCUUCUUUAAAGGUUGUCGUGUGGACCCUAAGUGGAAGGACAGGGUCCUUUUCUGGCGCUCACAUCCCUUAAGAGGUCCUGAGGCUGUGGACAAUGCCCACAAUAUGCUGAUCAACAGAGAUUCGCUGAUCAAUCCGGUCCCUAAGCAGUUUGUAGAAGAGCAGAUGAAGCCAACAGAUGUCAUGGCCCAGUCCCAGGGGGAAGCAAAACUUCUGCUGGAACCAGCAGGAGCUGAAAGGUUCCGGAUGAGAAGGAUACUGGUUCCAGCAAAUGGCUCAGACCCCAUUGACAGCCUGAGACUGUUCUUCGAUGACUUUGCAACCAUGGUGCCAUGUUACCUCUGGGAUUCGCUCAUGAGGAAGCUGGGUCUCAAGCAAAAUGAGAUCCGUCUGGUCAGAGAAAGGGUCCGGGUCCCUCGAGAUGCCUUGUAUGAAAUGCUGGAGACCUGGCUCAGCAGCAAGGGACGGCAGGCAUCAGUCAACACCCUGCUGGACGCCUUGGAAACACUGGGGGAAAGAUUGGCAAAGGAGAGAAUUCAGGACCACCUGCUGGACUCGGGAAAGUAUGUCUAUGAAGAUGGUGAAGCAGAUUCUAUUGUGUCCUGAGUGUAAAAGAAUCUCUUUAUGAAACCAGAGCUUCCCUACUUUACCUUUUCUCCUGGAAAGGGAGGCAUGAUUGGACACCAGCCUGGAUGAAACAGCCAGCACUUGACCAAUACUUGAAAGAACACUCUCAUGCGAUAUGUGCAGCAGUUGUAGAGUUCUAGAACUUUUUAGUAAAACAGGAGUAGUUUUUAUGAAAUGUCAUUGACAAAUGAUGGCAGAAAUAUUUAUAAAUACUUAUGCCUGUGUAUGUUCUAAGAGUUGAUUUAGGAUGUCAUUUAGUUUAGUGUACUUUGUCAUCCUACCAGAAUUGCACUUUUUACGUGUAUUUUUUAUAUUGUGAGAGCCACUCAUGUUGAUAUGUGUGUACUUAUGUUUAAUUAUGACAAUAUUUUAUGAUAAGAAUCUUUCCAUUUUAAUAUUUUUGUAUAAAUUUAUAUGAACAUAGGAAACCUUUUGGAAAUAUGCUUAUUAGGUUGACUACAUGGGUUCCCUGGAUGGGAGCAGGCAAUCACAAAAUGAGUAAAAGUGCAAAGGGGGAGGAGGAUGAAGUCCAUCACACUGGGAGGCACCGAUGGGAUCAGUUCUCCCUCAUAUGGGAGUUUGACUUUGUCUAGGAUUAGAUGACCAGCAACUUUUAAAGUGUUCAUCAUUUCCAACUGACAAGUUUACAGUUGUGGGAUUAUUUAUAUUAUUUAUUACAGGUGAGGAGAAGUGGCAUCCACAUGCAGCCCUGUGUCUGGUAUCCAUGAACUGGGCUGUCAUGCAUGGGCCUCCUCCUGUGGACCUGAGUGGGAAGGGUGGGACAUGGGUUAGAUGUGAGUGUCAAAUAGCUUCUCUGUCAUGUGCCAUGUCUGGUCUUGUUAGUGAACCUUCAGUUCCAUCUGGGCUCCGGGGAGAGAGGACAGGGAUCUGCUCCCAGUAUCUACCAAGUUCUCUGGGAGGAAGAGUGGACGGUGCUCAUGGAUUGUAUUCAAUGUUGGAUGAUUCAGCACUAGAUGGGCCCUCUCACUUCCAGUACUCUGUGAACCUGAGUCCCAGAACUUCCUUUUUAGGGUUCAGAUUCCAAAUAUGAGGAGCUUAGUGCCUCUGUAUGUGUCUCACUUCUGCAUUGAAGGGAACAUAUAAUUACCAAUUCUUCUUUUUUCUUUAUUUACCAUUGGAAUGUAUACUUUCUUUUUUUUUUUGAAAUUUUCCAUUUUUUAAAACUGAAGUAUAGUUGAUUUACAAUAUUGUGUUAGUUUCAGGUACCAAUUGUUAAAACCUGUGAGAAUUGAGCCUAGAAUGGCUGGAACUUUAGAGUUUUGUUCUUGUAUCCCUUUCUGUUACUUCUUUAUUUGUGCAAUAUUAUGUAAGUUACAGGUAUAUGAUAUAGUGAGUCACAAUUUUUAAAGGUUAUACUACACUUAGAAUAAUGAUAAAAUAGUUACUUUAUUUCCCAUGUUGUGUAUUAUAUUCUUUUAGCUUAUUUUACACAUCACAGUUUGCACAUCUUAAUUCCCUACCCCUAUAUUGUCCCUUCCCCCUUCCCUCUCACCACUGAUAACCACUGUAUCUGUGAGUCUGCUUCUAUCUUGUUAUGUUCACUAGUUUGUUGUAUUUUUUAGAUUUCACAUAUACAUGAUAUCAUACAGUAUUUAUCUUUCUCUAUCUGACUUAUUUUACUUAGCAUAGUGCCCUCUAAGUCCAUCCAUGUUGCUGCAAAUGGCAAAUUCAUUCUUUGUCUAUGGCUGAGUAGUAUUCCAUUAUAUGCAUGUACCUCGUAUUCACAUCCAUUCAUCUGUUGAUGGACGCUAAGGUUGUUUCCAUAACUUGGCUGUUGUAAAUAAUGCUGCUAUGAACAUUGGGGUACACAUAUCUUUUAGAAUUAGAGUUUAUGUUUUCUUUGGAUAUUUACCCAGUAGUGGAAUUGCUGGAUCACAUGGUAAUUCUAUUUAUAGUUUUUUGAGGAACCUCCAUACUGUUUUCCAAAGUGGCUACACCACUUACAUUCCCACUAACAGUGUAUGAGGGUUCUUUUUUUCUCCACAUCCUUGCCAAAACUUAUUUAUGGUGAUAGCCAUUCUGACAGGUGUGAGAUGAUAUCUCAUUGUGGUUUUGAUUUGCAUUUCUCUGAUGAUUAGCGCUGUCGGGCAUCUUUUCAUGUACCUGUUGGCCAUCUGCAUUUCCUCUUUGGAAAAAUGUCUAUUCAGGUCUUCUGCCCAUUUUUUAAUUGAGUUGUCUGGUUGUUAACCCCUUAUCAGUCAUAUCAUUUGCAACUACUUUCUCCUAUUCAAUAGGGUUUCUUUGUUUUGUCAGUGGUUUCCCUUGCCAUGCAAGUCUUUUAGGUUUAAUUAGGUCUAUCUGUUUAUUUUUGCUUUUGUUUCCUUUGUCUUAGGCGACAGAUCAAAAAUAUAUAUUGCUAUGAUUUAUGUCAAAGAGUGUUCUGCCUGUUUUCUUCCAGGUGUUUUAUGGUUUCUGGUCUUAUAUUUAAGUUGUUAACCCAUUUUGAGUUUAUUUUUGUAUAUGAUGUGCAAAAGUGUUCUAAUUUCAUUCUUUUACAUGUAGCUGCCCAUUUUUUGAUUGGGUUGUUUGUUUUUUUGCUAUUGAGCUGUAUAAGUUCUUUGUAUAUUUUGGAGAUUAAUCCCUUGUUAGUCACAUCAUUAGCAGAUAUUUUCUCUCAUUCUGUAGAUUGUCUUUUUGUUUUGUUUGUGGUUUCCUUGGCUUUGCAAAAAAUUUUAAGUUUAAUUAGGUCCCAUUUGUUUAUUUUUGCUUUUAUUUUCAUUACUCUAGGAGGUGGGUCAAAAAAGAUCUUGCUGCAAUUUAUGUCAAAGAGUGUUCUGCCUAUGUUUUCCUCUAGGAGUUUUAUAGUAUCUGGUUUUACAUUUAGGUCAUUAAUUCAUUUUGAGUUUAUUUUUGUGUAUGGUGUUAGAGACUAUGCUAAUAUCAUUAUUUUACAUGUUGCUCUCCAGUUUUCCCAACACCACUUAUUGAAGAAACUGUCUUGUCUCCAUUGUAUUGCUUCCUUUAUUAUAGAUUAAUUGACCAUAGGUGCAUGGGUUUAUUUCUGGGCUUUCUAUCCUGUGCCAUUGAUCUACAUUUCUGUUUUUGUACCAGUGCCAUACUGUUUUGAUUACUGUAGCUUUGUAGUAUAGUAUGAAAUCAGGGAGUAUGAUUCCUCCAGCUCUGUUCUUUUUUCUCAAGAUUGUUUUGCCUAUUCCAGGUCUUUUGUGUUUCCACUCAAAUUUUAAGAUUAUUUGUUUUAUUUCUAUGAAAAAUACCAUUGGUAUUUUGAUAGGGAUUGCAUUGAAUCUGUAGGUUGCCUUGGAUAGCAUGGUCAUUUUAACAAUAUUAAUUCUUUCAAGAACACAGUGUAUCUUUACAUUUGUUUGUAUCAUCUUCAAUUUCUCUCAUCAGUGUCUUCUAUUUUUCCUAGUACAGGUCUUUAACCUUCCUAGGUAGGUUUAUUCCUAGGUAUUUUAUUCCUUUCGAUGUGAUGGUAUAUGGGAUUGUUUCCUUAAUUUCUCUUUCUGAUAGUUUGUUGUUAGUGUAUAGAAAUGCAACAGGGACUUACCUGGUGGGGCAGUGGUUAAGAUUCCACCUGCCAAUGCAGCGGACACAAGUUUGAUCCCUGGUCUGUGAAGAUUGCACGUGCUUCGGAGCAACUAAGCCCAUGUGCCACAACUACUGAGCCUGCACUCCGUUACCAUUGAAGCCCACAUGCCUAGAGCCCGUGCUCCGCAACAAGAAAAAAAGCCACUGCAAUGAGAAGCCUGCACAUCGUAAUGAAGUGUAGUCCCCACUUACCACAACUAGAGAAAGCCCAAGUACAAAAAUGAAGACCCAAUGCAGCCAAUAAAUAGAUAGAUAGAUGAUAGAUAAAUAAAAUAUUUUUUUAAAAAAGAAAUGCAACAGAUUUCUGUAUAUUAAUUUUUUAUCCUGCAACUUUACCAAAUUCAUUGACAAAUUCUCAGUUUUCUAGUGGUGUCUUUAGGAUUUUCUAUGUAUAUUACUAUGUCAUUUGCAAACAAUAACAGUUUUACUUCUUCCUUUUCAAUUUGGAUUCCUUCUAAAUUGGAAGGAAUUGUGUGUGUGUGUGUGUGUGUGUGUGUGUGUGUGUGUGUGUGUGUGUGUUUGCUGUGGCUAGGACUGCCAAUGUUAUGUUGAAUAAAAGUGGUGACAACAGGCAUCCUUGCCUUGUUCCUGAUCUUAGAGAAAAUGCUUUCAGCCUUUCACCAUUGAGUAUGUUGUUAGCUGUAGGUUUGUCAUAUGUGGGCUUUAUUAUGAUGUAUUCUCCCUCUAUGCCCACUUUGAGAGUUUUUAAUUAUAAAUGGGUAUUGAAUUUUGUCAAAAGCUUCUUCUGCAUCUAUUGAGAUGAUCAUAUGGUUUUUAUUCUUCAGUUUGUUAAUGUGGGGUAUCAUAUUUGCAGAUAUUGAAAAAUCCUUGCAUCCCUGAGAUAAAUUCUACUUGAUCAUGGUAUAUAGAUCCUUCCAAUAUAUUGUUGGAUUUUGUUUGCUAAUAUUUUGUUGAGGAUAUUUGGACCUAUUUUCAUCAGUGAUAUUGGACUGUAAUUUUUGUGUGUGUGAUAUCUUUGUCAGCUUUUAUAUUAGGGUGAUGCUGGCCUUGUAGAAUGAGUUUGGAAGCAUUCCUUUGUCUGCAAUUAGUUGGAAUGAUUUGAGAAGGAUAGGUGUUAACUCUUCUCUAAAUGUUUGGUAGAAUUCCCCUAUUAAGACUUCUAGUUCUGGGCUUUUGUUUUGGAGGAGUUUUUUGAUUACUGAUUCAAUUUCAUUACUGGUAGUUGGUAUGUUCCUUUUUUCUGUUUCUUUCUGGUUCUGUCUUGGGCAAUUGUACCUUUCUAAGAAUGUUUCCAUUUCUUCUGUGUUGUCCGUUUUAUUGGCAUAUAGUUGUUGGUAGUAGUCUCUUAUGAUCAUUUGUAUUUCUGUGGUGUUGGGUGUAACUUCUUUUCAUUUUUGACUUACUGAUUUAGGCUCUCUCCCUUUUUUCCUUUGUGAGUCUUUCUAAAGGUUUAUCAAUUGUGUUUAUCCUUUCAAAGAACGAGCUUUUAGUUUCUUAGAUUUUUUUUCUACUUUUUUUUGUCUCUAUUUCAUUUAUUUCUGUUCUGAUCUUUAUGAUUUUUUCCCUUCUACUUACUUUGGGUUUUGUUUCUUCUUCUUUUUCUUGUUCCUUUGGUUAGGUUAUUUAUUUUAUAUUUUUCUUGUUUCCAGAGGUAAGUUUGUAUCACUAUAAACUUCCCUCUUAGAACUGCAUCUGCUGUGUCCUGUAGAUUUUGGAUCAUUGUGUUUUCAUUUUCAUAUGUCUCCUCCAUGUGUUUUUUUUAAUUUAUUCUUUUAUUUCUUCAGUGACCCAUUGGCUGUUUAGUAGUAUAUUGUUUAGCUGCCACAUGUUUGUGGUUUUAGGCAGUUUUUCUCUUGUAGUUGAUUUCUAGUCUCAUAGUGUUGUGGUCAUAAAGAUGCUUGAUAUGAUUUCAGUUUUCUUUAAUUUACUGAGAUUUGUUUUGUGGCUUAGCAUAUAGUCUAUCCUGCAGAAUGUUCCAUAUGCACUUGAAAAGAAUUGUGUAUUCUGCUGCUUUUGGAUGGAAUGUUUUAUACACACACACACACACACACAUAAAUUAAUUACAACUGGUCUAAUGUGUCUUUUUUUUCUUCAGGCAAGUCUUUAUUGAGGCCCCUGCUGCAGCAGUGGGGAGUGAGAACAAACAACAGGGUCAGGUUCCCUUUCUUGCUCACUCCCUGGGAGGCGGGGCAGGCUUGUUCCUUAUAUGGGAUGAGGGUAGGGGUGUGUCCAGAGGUCAGGCCAGAGGGGUGGUUUAGGUGGUUUGCCCACCCUUUAGGUGGUAUUGUGUGCAGGAGGCAUGUGUAGUACCCUGCUUUUGCUCUGUGUUCUUCAAAAGUGGCAGUUAGGUUUUUUGGUCUCUCUGUACCUUUUGUUCAGAAUUUGCCCCAACUGUGCUUGCAUGCAGUUAUUUUUAUUCACAUAUAGUUUCUUUGUAUUUUGUUGCUUGAGGAGAUGUUUGUCCAGGUGCAAGCAUUGCAGCACUGCAGCAAAGAUCCCAGGUCCCAGCUGGUCUCAUUCCCUUCUGAGAGACUCUAUACCCUUAUUCUUAAGGGGUAAGGGGCUGUAGGUCUCUUCUUCUGAAACGUCUUCCUGCUGGACAGGGGCCACAGACCCUAGCCUACCCUAGAGGUGUAAAAGUCCCUUGCUAACUGUUCCAAGGACCUGUAGGAACCUGGGCCACUCUCCGCUGGAAUGGGCUGAAUUCCUUGAACCAUCAUGAACCUUACUUCAAACUGUUGGAGCCUAAAAGACACAAACUUAUCCAAAAGGUUAAAGAAAUAAGGACUAAAAAGGAAAAGAACAACAAUAGCCAUGAAAGGGCCUAGAAAGGAAAGGAACCAGGUUAACUUUGGGAGGGCUUUCUUAACUGUUGACUAGACAGUGGAGGGAUGUCAUCUCUGCCAACAAGCCAUUCUGCUUGGGUAUAUAUUUUUUGUUAAUCUCAGGGUUAAAGUUUAACAUGUUUCUCUAUUUUUAGAAUGGAAGGUCUGGACUUGUUGAUCCCUUCUUGAACAGAAAAGUCUUAGUCACAGGCUUACAGCAGUAGGGAAGACAACAGAGCAGUAAACAAAAUAUGGCAUAAAUCAAUAUGACUGAAAAGGAAAGGGUUAUAAGAAAAUGAAAACCUCCUGCCAGAAAGGUUUUUAUACCUUGUGGGAUCCAAGAGAGCAAACUAGAGAACUAGUUUUAAGUUUCUCCGCCCAUAUUGAAUACAGAGGAUUUGUGGUUAACUGCUGAAGCCAAGUGGCUUGUUGUCAAAUUUUCUCAAUGUUGGUCUCUACCUGGUAUGGGCAUCAGGGCUGCUUUCUUUGCUUCCUGAUCUGUCCUGUUGUUCCCUUGGGUAAUUUGAGAAUUUUCCUUUUGGUGCCCAUGGCAGUGAGUGACUGCCUUUUGAGACAGUUCUGUGAGAUGUAAAAUCUCAGCCCCAUAUUUUACAGGGAAAUUUUUUGCAUUUAAAAGUUCUCUUUUGUAUAACAAAAGGAUUUCAACUCGAGGAUGGAUGAUGCCUUAGAGGACUGGAAAGGGAGGGUGGUCGGGAGUCGAGGGAGGGAGGGAAUACGGGGAUAUGUGUAUAAAAACAGAUGAUUGAACUUGGUGUA